CAUUCUACUUCUUACCUGUUGAUCUUACUAUACCUGUUUUCUUUGAAAACUACGAGAACUUGUUUCUCUCUCACUACACCUGGACAGCCAUCUUGAAAUACCUGAGUGAUACACAGUGAUACACGUCAAUAAUAAUUUGUUUAAUCUAAUUUUACCAAUUUUAACAAUCAAUUAUUUUUACAUGUAAUAUACGUGUUUCAACAAUUUAAAAAAAGAAGCUUGAUUUCUUUGAUUUUUCGAUAGUGCAAAUUGACCAAUAAGGUCACAGUAAAUUCAUAUAUAUUUUUUAAAAUUUAUUAUUAUUAUUUUUUUUGGUGGUUUGUACACAAAUAGUGACAACAUAUUGUUCAAAAAAUUUUUAAACAUUGUUCAAAUAUUAUUGUGAAUAUAUAAAAGUAAACAAGUGAAAAUUUUCGAAAUAUUUUUCUACUGGCAAUGGAGCAAAACCAGUUUCUAUCAGAAUUACUCAUUUCAGAAUUUUAUUAUUAAUAAUAAAUAAUAAAAUAAUAUAUUUGACAUUUAAUUUAUUAAAAUACAAUAAAUAAAUAAUAUAAAUAUUUAUAAAAAUGGGCUCAAAAAUUGAAUACGUUGAAUCAUCUCAUAUUUAUGCAACAAAUUAUAUACGUAAUUCGAAAGCAAUUGGUGUUUUAUGGGGAAUAUUUACAAUAUGUUAUUCAAUAAUUGGAACUGUUGCAUUUGUAACACCAGAAUGGAUUGGAGAUCUUGAGCAUGAAAAUCCAGGAAGAUUUGGUUUAUGGUCACGUUGUAGUUAUGGAGCAAAUGGUGAUUUUGGAGAAGAAUGCAUUGGAAGACUUGAUGAUAUUUCUACAAUAUUAAAUGUUCCAUUUCGUGCAAGUACAAUACUCGUUGGUUUUGCUGUUAUAAUAUCAUUUGUAACAAUAUUAUCAAUGUUGUUAUUUUUCUUUUGUCGCAGUACAAAAGUUUACUAUCUAUGUGGAUGGAUGCAAAUUAUAUCUGCAAUUUGUAUGGGAAUUGGAGUUGGUGUUUAUCCACUGGGCUGGGAUUCACCAACAGUACGAGCUGUUUGUGGAGCAACAUCAACAAGGUAUAAUCCAGGUGCUUGUGCAAUAAGAUGGGCAAUACCACUUGCUGCAAUAGCUGCUCUUGAUGCAAUAACACUUGCAAUAUUGGCUUUUAUGCUUGCUGCAAGACAUGUUAAAUUACAACCAGAACCUUUUAAUAAUGGAUCUCUAUACAAAGGUGAAGUUAAUCCUGGAUAUGUUAAUGAAGCUCAAAGUGUUGCUGGUUCAAGAAAAUCAUUAUCAUUGAGACCAGUACUUCUUGUUGCACCACCUGAACAAGAUCGUUACAGUGAAUUAUCACGUGCUAAAUCACACUCACAUCACAGUUUAUACUCACCAGGUCCUCAUCAGGUUCAUACUCUAUCCAACAAUACACUAAAUCAUUCACAAAGAAAUUUUCAAUUGUAAUUUAAUUAAUAAAACAAAAAAAACGUUACAAAAUAUCAAAAAAAAUAAAUAAAAUAAUAAAUUGUAUUAAAAUUUUAA